UGUAUAAAUUAAUCUGAACAGUGAACAUGAUAGUCACCCAUUACCCGCCAUGAAUUCACAAUCUCACAUGCUGGAAGAGCUAACAGCAAACCUUCAGAGCUGCCAGAUUAAUAUAAACGUGUCAGAUGAUUUCUUCGGUCACAGUUCUAUCAGCGACCCAUACCAGGAUUUUCCGAGUCAGGUGAGCAUCGACAACGUUACACCAGGUGUUUUGCCUGUUUUCCCCGUAGGCUUGUCCUCAUCCAGUAACUUCACGGAGCAUCAAUUAUGGGACAGCUUCGUCACGGAUCACAUUGCUCCUCCAUUGGUCAACACACGGAUGGCAUCCUUUGUUGAAGCCUUCCUUGUCCGUCUUCAGGCGGUGCACGGUCAACAGCUGACCGUUAAUCAGGCAAUCUCCAUUAUCAGGCAUGGUGAUCUGCAGUCAGUUCAUCCUUCCUCGCAUUACAAUGCACACUUUGGACACUUAGUAUCUCCUCCUAUGCCACCUGUCGCUGCUGUCGAAGUUUCUCCUAUGUCUUUUGACGUUGUGGGCAUGGGUCUAGGAACCAGCGCAGAUUUUUCCAUGGAAAGAUUGGCUGUGUCUGACACCGAAAGCGGUUUCGGGAUUUACGACAUGGAUUCUCUUCGUCGUAUUUUUGUAGAGGAGAACCGCGUCAAGGUGGAGUGUUUGUGGCCGAAGUGCGGGAAGAUACUGAUGAAAGACAAUCAUCCCCGGCAUGUACGGGAGUGUCAUCAGCAGACCAGGAGAGGAGUUGUGCGCUGAAAUGAUGGUUUUCACAGAUCUAGCAGCUACUUUUCUGAUGAAUUUUAGUUGACGGUCAUAUUCAAAACGAAAAGGACGUCUUAGUAGUGUUUUCGAUAGAAGAUUAGAUGUUCGAGGAUCAAAGAUCCGAGAUUUGUAUACAAUUAGAUAAUCUCCGAUGUGACUGUGCUUUCAUAUACUGAGUUUAUUGCUCCCUAACGAUUACGGGGUGUGCCUCAUGCGGCGGUGUUCA